AUGCCCAUCUACCCCCACGACGACAUCUCCACCUACCCCCCGCUCAACGGCGUCGUCCUCAUAGACACCUCAGAGCCAGAGCCCCCGCCCGCACAGAAUCCCGCAGAUGUGGCCAACGUGCUCAGGCGAAACCAGGCCUGUCGACAGUGUCGGAGGAGAAAACUCAAAUGCGACGCUGCUCGGCCGCAUUGUGCGACGUGCAUAAGAUCGUAUCGCCACCUCCUCAAGACCUCUCCAAGGAGCAAUCCUAUACUGUGUUGCGACUAUGAUGACGGUGCUCCUGCUCAGUCAGCCGAGGAUGAGACAAAUAAAAGCCUGAAUCAGAGCACAGGCCAGGCUGCCCCCACGACAUCCUUUGACAACAACGCAGAUGACGAGGGGACGCAGGGCAAUGGUGGCUCCAAGAAAAAGAGAAAAGCGUCUGGGGAAGGAAAGAGGAAAAAAAGAGAAGACGAAUUUCAGGAAGAAAAGGACAGGUUGAACAAGAAGAUUCAGGAGCUGCAGUCUCAGUUGUCCAAAAAGUCGAAUGGCACACAGCAGCCUCCGAGCCUGCCGACCUCGAGGGGAUGGUCGGGCAGCUCCUCGCUGUUUGCAAACCAGGACCAAUCUGCACCUUCACCCAACACUUUUCUGGACAUGUUUACCACGGGCCCCGCUGCCCAGCCUGCUGCAGGUUCUCAGACAACCUCGAAUACCAUGUGGAGCAACCCUACCUCUUUAGAUUCUGGCAGUCUCGCCCAAACUGCUGCUGGACUCGUCAACCUUGGCCAAUCCCUGGAUUUCUCCUUAGGCCCUUCCCCGCCCAACCAAAUGGGAUCUCAUCGGUCAAGUGGCCAGAACGAUACACCUGAUUUGACUGAAUCCUCUUCUGGCCAGAACACUCUUUCCCCCGGUGACUUGUUUAAUUUCCCUUCGCCUGAUACCACCUCGGCAGCCCGGACCCAUGCUCCUGGGGAAGUCCCGUAUCCAUUCAUGGACCCUGUGGCCUUAGACCCCGAUGUUCACGUCGUUUCCCAAGGGCCCAAGAGUUUGUGGCAGGGCGCACCGUCUGGUCCGGGCGACUCGGCUUCGUUUACAGCAAGCUCCAAUACCAACAACGGCUCCACGGCCGCGGCAGAUGUGUCGAUGGGCGGCGAAAUCAACAUGGAUGGGCUGCAAGCUAGCUUGGAUGCGGCCAUGCAACAGCAGCUCUUGAUGGACAUGUUUUGGCCCGGAUGGCCCGCCAAGUUGCCGGAACCAAACAUUGUCAACGAAUUGGUGGAUGCCUUUGAUACUGUGCCCAACCUUCCCCGUAUGAUGCACCGAGCACGAUUCCUCUCCCGCCUCGCUCUCCCGCCCACCCACGCCAACUUUCCACACCCUUCCCUCAUACAUGCCAUCUGCGCCAGUGCCGCAGCCUGGUGUGAUCCUAACGUUUAUGAAAAGUCCACCCGGGACAAGCAGUGGGCCAACUAUGGGAUGGAUGGGUCAGGACUGUGGGGACCGGAAGGGCAGCCGACGAAGAAGGCUUUGUCGUUUGCGGCAAGGCAGACUCUGUUUGCAAAGGAGGCGGUGCAGGAAGGGUUGAAUACGGGCAACAGAUUGUUCGAUGUGGUUAGAGCAAUGAUCAUUCUUUGUCGAGUAUUCAUCGACGAUACAAGAAUGCUGGAAUGCUGGGCCUACGGUGGUCUUGUCGCGCGCAUGAUUCUUCCCCUGGGCCUCAACGUCCGCAGUGCCGAAUUGUCUCUCAAGUCGGUCAUGCUCCCCCCAGCACAAGACGCUCUCGAGCGCGAAGAGCGCCGUGCAGCAAUGUGGAUGGCAUUCUACCACGACACCAUUGCCUCCGCCGCGAGUGGAUGGGGUACGAGUAUAUCCCUUGAAGAGCUCACAGUCCCCUUGCCCGUGUCGAAAAAGGACUUUGACACGGGCAACGAGUACAUGAAGCCCAACCCGCAGGAUGUCGAGUCGCCAGAUCUGUUCUUGACGCAUCCCGUGCCGGACUCUUAUGUGAUGAUGACAAAAGCUUCGAUCCUGAUGAACCGUACCAAUCGUUUCGUGCGCAGGUGGAAGAACAGGCAUCUGAAGCCCAAUGAUGAUUUGGAGGGAAUGGAGAGGCCAGAGUUCAAAGAGCUGGCAAACUCUAUCGCGUGUUUCCAAAUGUCUUUCCCGCCGUCUCUUCGCAACUUUAGCAAGGUUGGCCCCAAGAAGCAUCUUGAUAUCGACUUGGUUGCCGCGCACAUGUUACCCUUUGCCGCCACCAUGUGUCUUUACGAGCCAUUCGCAGACCUUGACGACCCUUCAGACCAACCCACGAGACGGCUGGUGGUAGCCACCCAGGGUAUCGUCGGGAUUGUGCAACAGCUGGCGAGCGCAGCUGGAGGAGAAGGCGACAAGUUUGCGAGCAUCAUGCACUCGAGUGCUAGCGUAUGUUUUGUGACGACUGCGCGAACAUCGCUCCUCCUCAUGCGCCAUGCCAUGAACAACAAUGACGCCGUCUCUGCCGAGUCGCAUAGGAUGGACUGCGAGAUGGUUCGACUUGCCCUGGCCCAAUUUGGCACGAGGUUCAAGAUAGGACAGCACCACGCGCAGUUGAUUGAAUACUUUUUGGACAGGGCUUGCAACCCCACAUUCGAAAAGCUGUCGGCGCAUUACCCUGAUCAUCCUCGUCCUGGAGCGCCUGAGCUGACAAGAGAGUCGGAUUUCGGAUGGUGCAUCUCGAACGCGCUCAACGUCAAACGAGGUUUCUGGCGCGCCGUCAACCCUUCCACAUCCACAUCUCCACCCGACUCCAACUCCUCAUCCGACCUACACAGCUCUGCCAAUCACUCCUACCCAAACUUUUCUCAGACCCAGACGUACAUCACCGUAGAGCAGAUGGAGAAGGAGAUGCUUGUACAGCAAGGACAGCAUCAGGUACGGACGGUCUCGGGCGACUCUCAAGGGGCGACUUUGAAAGACAUUUCGAUGGAGUCUUCGCCGGGAGAGUCUUCGACAUCUGGGUCAGGAGGACAGGGUGGGGACGAAAAGCAAGAGUACGUGCUACACAAAGGUCUCGGUCACAUCUCUUCAGUUGGCGACUUUUGCUCCAUGACAGCGGAUGGUGCCCCCUUGCCUGACAUUCUCCCCCGGCGCCCAUCGGAGGAGGUAUUGGCAGCGGUGAUCGAGUCGCAACAGACGCAGGGGCUGGGAGAUAAGGUCCCUUCGGCGAAUAGGGCGUUUGGUGGCGGCUUUUGGAUUGAGCCCAAGACUUCUUCAUAA